AUGGAUCACCUCGGGGCGCACCACCUCCACCCGAGCCACGCCGCCGAGCCCAUCAGCUUCGGGAUCGACCAGAUCCUCAACAGCCCGGACCAAGGGAGCAGCUGCAUGAUCUCCAACGCCCGGCUCCAGGAGGACUACGGCUUGGGGGGAUGCAGCGUGGUGAGCAGCGCUUACAACGCCAUGGCCGGGCACUACGGCUCGGCCUCGGGCGGCACCAACGCUGGGGGCGGCGGCGGCGGCGGCGGCGGCGGCUCCUCUUCCUCCUCCGUUGCCGCGGGUUACAACCCAGGCGGCGGGCCUUGCAGCAUGGCUUCUCUGGCGGGCUCUUACAACAUGAACCUGGGGGUCGGGCCCAUGAAUGGGAACCAUAAUAACGUCAACGCGGCCGGGGGGGUGAUCCGGGUGCCGGCCCAUCGGCCCCUUACGGGCGGCGUCCACCAGUCCCUGGCCACCGCCAUGCCCACCGUCCCUUCGGUGAACAACCUCACCGGGCUGACCUUCCCCUGGAUGGAGAGCAACAGGCGCUACACCAAGGACAGGUUCACAGGUCACCCCUACCAGAACCGGACGCCCCCCAAGAAGAAAAAGCCCCGCACCUCCUUCACCCGCCUCCAGAUCUGCGAGCUGGAGAAGCGCUUCCACCGGCAGAAGUACCUGGCCUCGGCCGAGAGGGCCGCCUUGGCCAAGGCCCUGAAGAUGACCGACGCCCAAGUCAAGACCUGGUUCCAGAACAGGAGGACCAAGUGGAGGCGACAGACUGCAGAGGAGAGGGAAGCUGAGAGGCAGCAAGCCAAUCGCAUCCUCAUGCAGCUCCAGCAAGAGGCCUUUCAGAAAACCAUCAACCAGCCCAUCCAAGCAGACCCCAUCUGUGUUCACAACUCCUCCCUCUUUGCCCUCCAGAAUCUCCAGCCAUGGUCAGAUGACUCUACUAAGAUUACCAGCGUUACUUCUGUAGCAUCAGCCUGUGAGUGAAAUCUGGAUUUUGCCUAUGCAUGGACCUACUGUGUUACAAGUUGGCUGGCUUUCUUCCACAAAAUUGGUAGAAGAUAGCAUUGUCCAGAAAAGGAAUGAACCAGUGACUGGACAAUGCUCUGGGCAAGCUAGUGCUGUCUUAGUGAGCAACAGGCCCAUAUGGAGACCUGUUGGAGUAUUUUAAUUAAAGUCAUCACUUUCAUUUCUUCUUCAUCAUCUUCUUUGAGCUUCAAAGACCAGAUAAAAACCAUGCCGGGUCUUUUAAAGACACUUGUAAAGAGAAAACAGGCUGUUGUCUUUUUCGGACUUUUCCAAGAGUGAUGUUAUUCCGUUUGCUGAUGGCAUAAGAUUUGUUCCCUCAUAUACAGAUUUUAGACUGAUUCUUUUUUAAGUAAAAGAACUCAUUCAUAUAAGAAUUGGAAGA